CUUCAAACUGGAAAUAGAGCACCGAAAGGCUAAAAUCAAAAGAUAGCAGACCUUCAAAGCUCUUUAAAUUCUACAUCGAAUCAACCAUGGCUGUCGCUUUCAAGAAUGAGAAGGCUAUUACCGACAAUUCGGAGCACCGCAUCCGUCUGACCUUGACCUCCCAAAACGUUAAGCCGCUUGAGAAGGUCUGCGCUCAGCUCAUCGACGGAGCCAAGAACGAGCACCUUAUUGUCAAGGGCCCAAUCCGCAUGCCGACCAAGGUGCUCCGCAUCACCACCCGCAAGACCCCAUGCGGAGAGGGAUCCAAGACCUGGGAUCGCUUCCAGAUGCGCAUCCACAAGCGUCUCAUCAACCUCCACGCUCCAGCUGAGGUCCUCCGCCAAAUCACUUCGAUCUCCAUCGAGCCAGGAGUCGAUAUUGAGGUCACCAGAGCCGACUAAGCACCUUGGUGCGGCUGCAGACGGGUAUCCGGCUCGACGUUCAUACAUCACGACUUCUUUCCUUUUACCUUGUUUGUUGCUGCUCCUAUUGGUUUUGAUUUGUUGUGUUGGAAGUGUUAUGAACUAAAACUCAUAAAACUUUAUUUU